UUCAUUGGUAUCGGACGUGCUUUUAAAGUGCUCCGUAAAAAAUUCUCAAAACACAUUGAGAAAGCAUCAUUUUCUUGCAAUUUUUCAGAUUCAUCGCAACCUAAACUUCAUUCAUCUCCAACUUUGACGAGCCCCCUUAAGCGCAGCGGAUCGAAGAUGUCUGAUCGUGAAAGAAACGGCUACGAUCGACGCGAUAGACGUCGCUCGCCUGACAGACGUGACAGGCGUCGUUCUCCGGAUCGUCGUGAUCGAUUCAGAGAUCGUGGCAGAGACAGGAGUCGCGAUCGUGAUUUCGGCGGAGGUGGCCGACGUGGCGGCGGCGGAUAUGGCGAUCGGGAUCGUCGUGGAGGUGGUCGCUUCGGUGAUCGUCGCCCGGAACGUCGUGAACGUAGCACCGAUAUCACGGAAAACAUGGAAAUCGAGUCAGAUAAAGUAAAAUACGUCAUUGGUCGUGGCGGCACUAAAAUUCGUGACAUUCAAUAUUCUUGCCGGGUAUCCGUUCAAAUUGAUAAAAGCCCCAACGACAGCGGUUAUAACAACGUAACCAUCAGUGGUGCAUCGCACAACAUCAAACGUGCCAAGGAUGCCAUCAACGAAGUCGUUCGUCGCGUACUCGAAUUCGAAGACAAGGACAGAGACAGUCGAUCACGAGAACGCGAACGUGACCGCGAUCGUCGUCGCAAAUACUCCGACAGCGACUAAAUGGGACUUUGAGUCUCUCAACUGAGUGUCGUGUGCAAAAGACAAAAAUAACCAACAAAAGUUUAACUUGAGAUAUGCAAAAAAAAAAAAUCCAAGCGUUUUGGACUUCCUAGAAAUAUUAAUUUUAUAUAAUUUUUUUAAACCUGAAAGAAAUUUAACUACCCCCCUAAGAUUUAAGUUAAACAUUUCCCCGAGUAUUAUUUUUUUCCACAUUUCUUAAAUAACCCUCCAGAGAAAAAUGCUACGUCGUCACGUGACGAUAGCAAAACAAUAUCGAAAGUAAUCAAAAAAUGAUGAAAAUUUACAAAGAUUUUGCAUUUAGACAAAUAUUAUAUGAGUUUAUGUCGAUAGAUGUAUAACUACUAUACUAAAUAACGAACCACUAUAAAAGAAUAAAAAUUGUAAUAAAACCCACAUGUAAGCAAAAUAAAUGGAAUAAAGAAGAUAGUGUUUCAAAAAUGGCAAAUUAAGGCGUUUUUCAA